AUGCCCUUUCUCGUCGAACCCACAGUCGAAAACGAGCGGAAACCCUUAACGUCACCUCCACGAGCAACCUGCGAGCGUCGCGCCAAGUCGUUCGAGUACAACGGCAAGCUAUCCACUGCAGAAUUUUUUAGCAGUCGGCAAUCUUCUCUGGUAGCUUCUGACAGUGAAAGCAACCCCAACCUUCAUUUCGGAGACAGCUCGACCGACUCGGUUUAUCACGGCGUGUGUGCUGAACCUAACCUUUUGGAUGUAUGUUUGGAUCGAUCUGGAGGGUCUUGCGACAUUAGUCUACUCGAGUCACUCGACACCCCGUUCCUUAGCAAUGACAGUGUUGAUCCGCCUCCUCGCCUUUCGGGGGCUCCACCGGAAAUGGAGACGCAAGCCGAUAAUCGAGUACUACGACUUACAGUUUUGACUGCAGGAGGAGGAAGUGAAUUGCGACUCAUUCCUUUACCCGACUCAGACCACUCGCAAGGUGACACGAGCUCGGAUGACUCAUUAAUAUUGCUUGUCGGUGACGAACUUUGGAGGCCAAUCGUGCGAACUACACCCUUCGUUACUGUCACACCUGCUACUCCCCGGAUAGGAUCCUCGAAUCCAAACCAGGAAUCACAUUAUUCUAUGGACUCUGACGAUUCAAUGGACACCAGUCUUCUUCAUCCAAGUUUCAUAGCAAAUGCGUCGAUCACUGCAGAAGAAGAUUCAUUGGACCCGACCAACUGGCAGUAUAUGAUGAAUACGGAGGAUCAGAAAUUCGAUAGGGUGCCCUAUUCCUCUGGAGAGGGUAGCUCUUUAGAAGAAGAGGAUAGCGAAACGUCCUCAUUCUCAGUCCCUCUCGACUUAUUGCGUUACGAUGACGGACUCUCUGCGCUCGAAGACGGUGGAGACCUCUAUGAAGACAGCCUUUGCGAAUCCAACGUUCCUCCGAACGGCAUUCGGAUGCCCAGGUCGACGGAAGACAAUAUAGCUUCGUUAAACCCACAAGGUGACGUAUCCUAUGACGAGAUCUGGGAUCAGUUUGACGCAGCUUUGGCGGAGCUGGGCGACGACCAGAUGCAGGGCGAUCCCGCAUCUGGAUAG